UUGAUAAAAGCAGCAGUAGCAGCAGCGUGGUGAAGCAGGGUGCGAUGGAGCAGCGUGAGGGGCGGGGCCGAUGGACACCCUGCCACGUUGAGCUGACACCCUGUGAGCUCCGGCUGUACACUCUGGACAGCAGCGCCAACCGCCAGCUGGGCACCGCCUACUCUCUGUCACACUGCCAGAGCGUCAUCUCCCCGGCACCCAGCAGCCAGCCAGGCCAGAUCACCCAGCCCGUCGAUCAACGCACGCUCCAGGCUUUGUUCUUCAACAGCACGCGUCUUCAGCUGAGGGCAGCCAACCAAUGGGAGGCCAUGGAGUGGAGGCGGCUGAUGUGGGAGAAGGUGCAGGCGGCCAGAAAUGUGAGGCAGGAGAACCACCAGCGUAAGACCGGAGUGGAAAAGCAACAGGUCGUCAAGUUUCCUGCACCCAUGUCACCCUCCUCGUCGCCCUCUCCAUCAGGGCUCGACACCAGGCCUGAUGGUGACAGCGACACUCCCACCUCAGCAGAGGCGUCACUCUCUCUCCAGCCUAGUUCUGGCGUCCUGAGCAGACCCACCACCCUGCCUCUGUUCACCCAACGCUGCCAGGACAUCCUCAGAGCAGGUCUGCUCCACCAGCUGAUGGAUCAGAACAACUGGCGGGCCUUUACCUUCGUCUUGACCAGAUCUGCUCUCCGGGCCUUCCCUACUGAGGGCCGUGGGUCUGUGUCUCAGCCUGUCCUCCAGUACUCCCUGGCUUCCUGCUUGGCAGUUCAGCACGAUCAGCCAGAGAACGGAGAGCCGUGGACAGAUAGAGGGGACUGCUUCCAGGUCGUUUUCCCCAAAGUGGUAGUCAGACUUAGGGCGGAUGAUCAGCUCAAAGCCCAGGAGUGGGUGGAGGCCCUGCGGGAGGCGGCCAGAGCGCAGAGGCCUGCCCAAGAAGAAGGGGGGGAGUCAGGAGAAGGCGCUCCAGGCCUCCAGGGAGUGCUGCUGAGAUCAAAACCAACCAGGGAUAGGAGACAGCGGGAGGCUCAGAGAGCCAAGCGGCAGUCAGUCACCACCAGUUUCCUCAGUAUACUCACCUGCUUGGCUGUGGAGAAGGGGCUCACUGCUCAGAGCUUCAGGUGUGCAGGUUGUCAACGUCCAAUCGGUCUUUCCAGAGGCAAGGCAAAGGUCUGCUACUACAGCGGCUGGUACUACUGCCAGAGCUGCCAUCAGGACAACUCCUUCCUCAUCCCGGCACGCUUGCUGCACAACUGGGACACCAGCAAGCACAAGGUGUCCAAACAGGCCAAGGAGUUCCUUGAGUUUGUGUAUGAGGAGCCUCUGCUGGACGUCCAGCAGCUCAACCCUUGUCUGUAUGAGCACUGUGAGCCUCUCAGCAUUGUGCUGCGUCUCCGUCAGCAGCUCCAGUCACUGCGGGCCUACCUGUUCAGCUGCCGAGCAACUGUUGCUGAAGACCUCAGACGAAGGAUCUUCCCCAGGGAAUACCUGUUACAGCACAUCCACCUAUACUCCAUGGCUGACCUGCAGCAGAUACGUGAGAGAUAAAACUAUCCAGGAAAAAACAAAAAAAAGUGACCCAGUUGAUCCUGAACACCCAUCAGAGCACGGAGAGAUCUGCCAGCGGCCUCCUGGUAGGCCCAGACACUCCGGACAGCCAUCAGUACUUGGCUUCAUUGUUGUUCUGGUUGGGCGAGUGUACAAAUGAAAAGGGUUGAAGUGGUACGUUCCUGUCUGGAUGAUUGUUCCAGUGUGACCCUGCUGGCCAGGGCUACUUUGGUGUAGCUAAUAAAAUGGUCACUGGAUAUUUAUGGCGAGCAGUAGGGAGAGGUAUAUGGGAAUUUUAAGAAAAUGGAGGAAAAGAUCUGUAAAUUUGAGAAGUAAAUGUGGAAAUAUCCCUAUCAGUACAUUCAGAGCGAUAAAGUAAAAUUCAGCGUUUUAAAAUGUAAGUUUUCAUUUCAAGGCUUCAUACGCGCUAAAUAAUUACUUUUCUUUCUAUUGCUUUGUCCCUCUUUUUGCCUGUCCAUUUACUUCUGUCACUCUCCAUCCAUCCAUCUUUCUGUGCCUCCCUCCUUCUUUCCCAACAUCCCUCCAGAGUACCAGUCAGCCACCAGAGCUGUGCCAGUUGUUUGAUUCAGCCCAGUCCAAUUAUAGAGGGCCUUAAUUACUGAGCCUGUCAGCCUCCAUCAAGAGAGCCAUUCGUCAUGUGGACUUGGCUGGACCGGACUGAGCAGGGCUGCUUAGGUUUGGUAUGGGCUGUGCUGGGCAGAGGGGUACUUUGUCUGUCACGCUCAGUAUCUGUCAGUCUGAAACAUUUAUUUACUCGGUAUCUGUACUGGGCUGAGCUUUUUCUCCCUCAUAUGCAGAAGAACAUUAAAUUAGAGACAC